AUGUCGCAGAUGUCGCAGGACGGACGGGGCAGAGAUGUCCACAACCCCCUCCUCUUUGAGUGUGCCUGGGAGGUGGCCAACAAGGUGGGCGGCAUCUACACAGUUAUCAAGACAAAGGCGCCCGUGACCGCGCAGGAAUAUGGGAGCCGUUACUGCCUCAUCGGCCCUCUGUCGUACAAGACGGCGCCCAUGGAGGUAGAAGCCAUGGAGCCAGAGGAUCCGGCCAUGAAGAAGACGCUCGACAGCAUGAGGGAUCGCGGCGUCAAAUUCCUGUACGGACGCUGGCUUAUCGAACGCGCGCCAAAGGUGCUCCUCUUCGACACUGGGUCUAUGUACCACCGCAUGGACGAGUGGAAGGGCGACUUGUGGAACUUGGCCGGUAUCCCCACGCCUCCAAGCGACCACGAGACCAACGAGACGCUCAUCUUUGGCUAUCUCGUGGCGUGGUUCCUUGGAGAAUACUCCAUUCACGAGCGCCGCCGGGCCAUCAUUGCCCACUUUCACGAAUGGCAAGCCGGCCUUGCCAUUCCCCUGUGCCGUAAGCGGCGCAUCGAUGUGACGACGAUCUUCACGACCCACGCCACCCUUCUCGGCCGCUACCUGUGUGCUGGAAGCGUCGACUUUUACAACAAUCUCCAAUACUUCGACGUGGACCACGAGGCGGGCAAGCGAGGCAUCUACCACCGGUACUGCAUCGAGAGAUCUGCUGCCCACUGUGCUGACGUCUUCACCACUGUGUCGCACAUCACCGCUUAUGAGAGCGAGCAUCUGCUCAAACGCAAGCCCGAUGGCGUCCUCCCCAACGGCCUCAACGUUGUCAAGUUCUCGGCCAUGCACGAGUUCCAGAAUCUGCAUGCGUUGAGCAAGGCAAAGAUCAACGAGUUUAUCAAGGGUCACUUCUACGGUCACUAUGACUUUGACCUCGAGAACACUCUCUACUUCUUCACGGCGGGACGUUACGAGUACCGCAACAAGGGCGUCGACAUGUUCAUUGAGUCGCUCGCCAGACUCAACUACCGGCUUCAGCAAGCCAAGAGCAAGACCACCGUCGUUGCUUUUAUCAUCAUGCCGGCAGCCACCAACUCAUACACCAUUGAAGCGCUCAAAGGUCAGGCCGUCACCAAGCAGCUUCGCGACACCGUCGACGAGAUUCAGAAGCGCAUUGGUGAGAGGCUGUUUGAGCGGACGGCCAGGUACGCUGGCGAAGGCGGAAUGGAUAUUGUCGACCCCAUGACACUGUUGUCGGAGGAAGACAAGAUUCUGCUCAAGCGGCGUAUCUUUGCCCUCAAGCGCAAUUCUCUGCCCCCCGUCACGACGCACAACAUGGCCGACGAUGCAAACGACCCCAUCCUCAACCAAAUUCGACGAGUACAGCUGUUCAACCGAUCUACGGAUCGUGUCAAGAUUGUCUUCCACCCCGAAUUCCUCAACGCCAACAACCCCAUCUUGGGCCUGGACUACGAGGAGUUUGUCCGAGGCUGCCACUUGGGUGUCUUUCCCUCCUAUUACGAGCCCUGGGGUUACACGCCCGCCGAGUGCACCGUCAUGGGCAUCCCUUCGAUCACGACGAACCUGUCGGGCGUGGGAUGCUUCCUCGAAGAGACGCUCGAGAACACAUCCGACUACGGUCUCUACAUCGUCGACCGCCGCAUGAAGAGCGUCGAGGACAGCGUCAACCAGCUGACCGACUACAUGGUUGACUUCUGCAACAAGACGAGGCGGCAGCGCAUCAACCAGCGCAACCGCUGCGAGAGGCUCAGCGAUCUCCUCGACUGGAAGAGCUUGGGCGUUGAAUAUGCAAAGGCUCGCCAGCUCGCUCUGCGCCGCGCCUACCCCGACUCCUUUGAAGACGAUGAAGAAGACGAGGCAGGCUACUUUGAUGAAAGCGCAAAGGUUCCCCCGCCCCUUUCCAUGCCCGGCUCGCCCCGCUUUGGCGGCGUCAGAACCCCGGGCGACUUUGGCACACUUGCAGAGGACAUGCAAGGUCUCAGCACGAGCGACUACCGAGGCUCGUCGUUCUGGCAGGCGAUCAAUCAGCAGGAUGAAGAUGAGGAGGGCUUCCGCCUUCCUCUUGUCCUCAAGACGAGGAACCGUGGGACGUCCGUGGGAAGCAUGAGCGGGGCGAGCACGCCUGGUCUACUUGGGCCCAAGACGCUUUCGGCCGGCGAUCUCGACAAGGCUGAUCUGGCUUUGAGCAACCAUAGCUACGUCAACGGAAACGGCACCGCAAGCUAG